CGGCAUGCAGACACGUAAUUUUGGCAAAGUGACUCCAUUUCACUUCCUGGUUCGGUAAAGCCGGGCAUCACCUUUAUUAAGGCAAUCCCAUGGCCCCUCUCCUCUCACCCUCGAUGCAAAAAUGGAAAGAACAUUCUGAGGCAACGAGACCCAGACUAACAAGGCUGGUGACAGCAAGAAGAUUUCAGGCCCAUGCCAUCCUGUCAUGAACAGUUGUACAAGCAAGGGUACCAGUGAGACACACCUGGGCAGUGCUUUGUUCACAUCUGGAAUGCACCUGCUCUCAUCCUGACUUCACAGGUGCUUAGAAGAACAUGCAGUAGAGGUUUUCAUCAAACAAAUGGAUCAUGCCAUAGAACUUUGCUGACAUGGAUAACUCUGCAGAGGAAGACGAACCUACCGGCCAACUUCCCAGACGUGCCAACAGAAUACAGAAAGGUUUUACUGCUGCAUAUCCAACACAGUCCUCCAUUCCUUGUAAAUCCCGAGUCUCAGUAGUUCCAGAAUCAGAAAAAAAAGGAUUCAACAGUCAAGCCAAGAGAUUUUAUCAUAAGGAGGAUGAUCUCCCAGGUCCUGGGUUCUACAAUGUCAUUCACCAGUCUCCAGUGUCCAACAGUGUCUCAUUGUCCAAGAAAGGAACAUGCACUUUCCCCUCUAUGCGCACCCGGUUGGAUACCAGCAUUUCUAAAUAUCCUGCAGCUAACGCGUACACUAUCCCAUCAGACUUUAUUUCGAAGAAAGACUUCAGUAAUUCCUGUUCCAGCAUGUUCCAGUUGCCAAGCUUCGUAAAAGUUCUCAAAUCUGAAACUCCUGCACCAAACCAUUACAAUGCCUCUAUCUCUUGCUGCAAGCAGAGAAACAACGUCUGUGCCCGAGCUGGAUUUAUGUCAAAAACCCAAAGAGGAUUUUUCACUGUUCCUGAAAAAGGACCUGCCCCAGGGCAUUAUAAUGUUGAUGAUUCCCUUGUGAAGCAGUCACCAAAGAUAUUAAUGUCUUGUUUUAAAUCAAAAACCAACCGUGGAUUAAAAUUGACGUCAACAGGCCCAGGACCCGGUUAUUACAAUCCAAAUGAUGGCACCAAAGUUGAAAAAAAGACUCUUAUCCCGAAAAACCCCAUCCUAAACUUCUCUGCCCAGCCGUUGUCUCUGCCCCCAAAGCCGCCUCUCCCGGGCCCUGGGCAGUAUGAGAUCGUGGACUACGAGGGCCCCCCCAAGCAUUUCAUCUCUAGUGCAUCGUUUGUGUCCAACACCGGCCGGUGGACAGCGGCGCCGUCCCAGCCAGGCCUGCCUGGCCCAGCCACCUACAAGCCAGAGUUCCCAGGAAAGCAGUCCUUCCUCUACAACGAGGACAACAAAUGGAUCCCAGUGUUGUAGUGAUGUCACACAAGCUCAGGGGGAGCCCGGCCACCAGCCCACCCCACCCAGCUCCCCCAGGACGUUCCUUAGGAGAAUGUGCUGCCGCUGCGGGAGAGCUGAGGCUGGGCCGCUCGGCCACAC